UCCCUGUUUGUUUGCAGAUGAAUAUCUCUGCUCGCACUUUCCUCAUCAUCUGUGUUCAUGUGGCGCAUCAGUACCAUAAACCAUUAGCUCCGGCUUCUCCUUUCAUCUUGAAGGUGGCGGACGUUGCUAUUUAUCCAGCAGCGAUCAAUGAGUGGCGUCAGUGCGAGAGUAAUGACGAUUGCACCAUUAGGGAUGACAGCUUAGAAAGAAGAGGGCAAUGGUGUUCCCUCCCAGAGCCAGUAGCGCACAGAGCAGCGGAGGCGCAGCAGGGUCACCCUCUCUCUGCUCAUCUGCACUCACUCGCCAUGGAAGGCAGGAAGGAGAUGCUCGUGUUUUUGGAGGGAGGGCAGCUUGGCAGUCUAGUUGGCAAGAGAAUGGCUCAUUUGUCGGACGCAGUGGGAAGCCCCAUGCCGGAGCCGCAGGACAAGCUGGUUCCUAGGAGCUGCCUGAGCCCCAGGGCUGGCCCCAUAGCGCCCAGAGACAGACCGGAGGGGAGCGAUGUAGAAGCGACACAGGCGAACGGCCAGCAAGGGAGCAGGUCCCCGGCGCUACGGAUCUCCUCUCCGCACCCACCGGCGCUCUCUGACUCCCUGUCCGCCAAGGGGCAGCACAGCAGCUCGGACACCGAGUCAGACUUUUACGAGGAAAUCGAAGUGAGUUGCACCCCGGAAUGUAACUCCGCCGCCUCCGACUAUCAGCAGCAGCAGCAGCAGCACAGUGCAGGUCAGUGCUCAGAGCCCAUGGGAGGCAGUCCUAUCAAUGGCAGCGAUUCAUCCAAGGGAGGUGUCGGACCCCACGGUUCCCUCUCCUCCUGUGCCGGGGACCAGAUGCGCAGAUACCGGACAGCCUUCACCCGGGAGCAGAUCGCACGACUGGAGAAGGAAUUUUACCGGGAAAACUAUGUGUCCAGGCCCAGGAGGUGUGAACUGGCUGCGGCCCUCAACCUGCCUGAGACCACUAUCAAGGUGUGGUUCCAAAAUCGGCGGAUGAAGGAUAAGCGACAGCGACUUGCAAUGACCUGGCCGCACCCCGCAGACCCAGCUUUCUAUACCUAUAUGAUGAGCCACGCAGCAGCCACUGGCAACCUACCUUAUCCUUUCCCUUCUCACCUACCUCUUCCUUACUACUCUCAUAUGGGCAUCAGCGCUGGUUCAACUACAGCUGCCACCCCCUUCAGCGCCCCCUUGAGGCCACUGGAUACAUUCAGAGUUCUGUCCCAUCCUUACCCCAGACCAGAAUUGCUCUGUGCGUUCCGCCACCCUUCCAUUUACGCCUCCCCCGCACACGGACUAGGGGCUAGCGGCAGCCCCUGCACUUGCCUGGCUUGCCAUAGUACCUCAUCCAAUGGCUUGGGCCAGAGAGCUGCAGCAUCUGACUUUACCUGCUCCUCCACCUCCAGAUCAGACUCCUUCCUCACCUUCACUCCCUCCAUCCUCAGCAAGUCAUCCUCUGUCUCGUUGGACCAGAGAGAAGAGGUGCCUUUAACCAGAUGAACGCCAUUUUGGGCUAGCGCUACCCUUCUCCCUAGUCCCUACUCGCCAUAAUACUGUCUUAAUAGAAUAUGCACAUUCCCCAAGGUGACAUUAAUGAACUGAUCAGGUCAGCCCUACUUUUCCUUUCUUAAAAGGACAAACAGAACUCGCAACCAAGGAAAAAAAUACUGUAAAAGUAAACAAAAACGAACUUCAAUGAUGAUAUUUCGCAGUUUCUUUCAAGGAGCCUGGGUGCCAGAGGGACGAAUACCAUUAGACUGAUAUGACCAAUCUGGAAUACUUGAAUGUAAUGUUGCCACAGAACAAAGGUCUUGUAACAAAGGGGGCAGCUGUGCCAUUCUUUUGGGGGGGGAAAGGGAAAAACAUUCUAUAGUUUUAUGUCUAACAAUCAGUAUUAUACAUUCUACCUGCCUUUAUUUUGCCUAGGCGGGAUGCACUCUUCUAAUGCCUCGCUGAUCUUUCUUUUUAUUUAAUUCUUCAGCUUCACAAGGCAAAAAAGUGUGGAUGACCCACCUUCAUGUGGUUUGGUGUUGGUAUAAUUUGUUUCCCUAAUUUUCAAAGCAUUUAUUUCGUAAUCUUCUACCAAACACUGUUUUUUGGGUAAUUUUAUCAAAUUGCGCUUCUGUAUCCCAUGAGCUGCUGAUAUUCGCGCACACUGGUGACAUUAUGGGGUGAUGUAUAUGUUUUCUUUCUUUUUCCCUAUGAAUUUUGAAUGUAUAAUUUUUUCCCCAGUGCAGACUCUGUGCCAGCCCUUUAACAAGCCGCACAGGGAACGGAUUAGCCAAGGCCAGAUUUCUGCAGAUAUGAAACUCACGCUGCCUCGCUUCUCUUUUACAGGCCUGUAAUCUAUAUCAGGCUCUCUCCAUUCACUUUAAACCUGAUUAUUUCGUUUAUUUUGCUUUUAAUUAUUAUUUCCAAAUUGUACUUGAUGUUUCAGGGAGUUUGUUUACAUGUGUUGUUACAUUAUUUAUACUUUGCUUUUAUUGCACAGGCGGGUUGUGUUGAAAGUGUCUACCUGAAGCUGUCUGAGCACAGCCCCUGCCUUUUUUUUAUAUAUUUUAAGAAUAUCAGAAGAAUGGGUUUGUUAUAUCUUUACAUUGUUUGUGAAAUGAGAACAGUUAAACAAAGUAACUGUUGAAAAUCUGUUAACGAUUCGCAAUAAAAAUAAUACAAGAACGUAUUAAAACCA